AUGUGAGCCCAGCAGACCUCUGGCGGACCUACCACUGAAGCCGGCCCCGCACCCCAGGCCCAGCAUGCGCCUGUCGGUGAGGAGGGCGCUGCUGGCGGCCGGCUGCGCCCUGGGCCUGCUCCUGAUGCUGGACGCCCACCCCGAGGUGCGCUGCGGCGAGGAGACCCGCAUCAUCCCCCGCGUGCUGGCCAUGCGCCAGGCCUGGUCCAAGUCGGGCCGGGAGAAGCAGCGGCUGGACGAGGCGGGCGUGACGGACGAGGGGCUGGACGCCGCCAUGCAGGCCUUUAUCCUGGAGGUGAUCGCCAAGCACGGCGAGCCGGCCCGCGUGCUCUGCAACAAGGACCCCUUCACCCUCAAGUCCUCCGUCUACCUCGGCCGCGCCUCCGUGCACUCCAUGAUCACGCGCAAGGUCACCAUCGCCGGCUUCGACCUCAGCAGCUACCGCGACUGCCUCACCAAGUGGAACAAGGCCAUCGAGGUGAUGUACGCGCAGUGCCUGGAGGUGGGCCGCGACAAGUGCCUGCCCGUGUACUACGAGCAGCUGGUGCUGCACCCCCGGCGCUCCCUCCAGCUCAUCCUGGACUUCCUGGGCAUCGCCUGGAGCGACUCCGUCCUGCACCACGAGGACCUCAUCGGCAAGCCCGGCGGCGUCUCCCUGUCCAAGAUCGAGCGAUCCACCGACCAGGUCAUCAAGCCCGUGAACCUGGAAGCCCUGUCCAAGUGGACCGGGCACAUUCCCGGGGACGUGGUGAGGGACAUGGCCCAGAUCGCCCCCAUGCUGGCUCGGCUCGGCUACGACCCCUACGCAAACCCUCCCAACUACGGCAACCCGGACCCCAUCGUCAUCAACAACACGCACCGGGUCUUGAAAGGGGACUAUAAAACACCAGCCAAUCUGAAAGGACAUUUUCAGGUGAACCCGAACAGCACCGCCUCCCACGUGGGAAGCUCGUGAUUUCCAGGUCUCCGCAGUGGCUGUCGCCAGGAAGGGGAGAAGCUGCCUCCAGCGGAAAUCGGACUCUAAUCCAAGCACAUUGCUUGCUAUUAACCGGCACAGGGCCUGCUGCCGACGGGUGACUUGCGUGUUUGCAGAGCCCGGCCCAUUGGAAACUUUCCUUGACACGCUGCCUUCGGACCCUCCGGGAUGGAGGGCGGGAGUGCGGCACCGUCCAGCUUUGGGAACUUGGUUUUUAUAUUUUCCCGCGAGAACUUUUCUAAGAAGUGGCCUUGCCGCCGGGUCCUGUGCAGGGCCCUGGGCGCUGCCGGCUGGGACCAGGCCACCCCGUGCCUCUCCCCAGCCCUAUUUUUGAAUUCAAAGAAUCUAUUUAAAAAUUUAAUAUAUGAGGCUUCCUUUCAUUCCUCCCCAGCCCUUAAAUGGACACAGAAAAGAGAUCUACUGUUUGAAUAAAGUGACCAGGGACUCGU